GAGAACAAGGAUUCGCGAUCAUCCUCCUCCAAACCCGUAUCAGCACAAGAUGUUUCAGCUUUGGAAACUUGUUCUCUUGUGUGGCCUGGUCUCUGGGACCUCAGCGGGUAUUAUUCACGCACUUGGCGAAGACCUGGGUGGUAUUUUAAACAGCCUGAAACCUGCUGUUAAUAAAGGAACUGAUAACAUUGAAUCUGUUCUUCAGAAACUGAGGGGGGACAUCAUCAAGAUUCAGGAAACCAAUGCUUGGCAAACCAUCGCGGACAAGUUCCACCAAACUAAAGAUUUGUUGAAUCGCGCCCUUUCUAAAUUAUUUAAAGGGGGCCAGUCUUUGGGGUUGAAAAUCAGUAAUGUCUGCAUCUUGAAUUUCAAAGCCGAACCAACUACUGAUGGCCCAGGCUUUCUCCUGAGGUUCCCCACCUCUGCUGAUGUCUCCUUGACCCUGCCUCUGGUUAGGAAGACAGUCAACCUGAAAGUUUCCUUGGACCUCCUGGCUACUGUCCAAAUUGAAACUGAUCCCAAGAGUGGUGGCUCCAGAGUGGUCAUGACAGAAUGCGCCAGCGACCCAGACAGCAUCUCAUUCACCUUGUUGGGCGAACACAGUGCAGUGGUCAACAAGCUCACAGGCACCGUGAGCAGCUUCCUGAGCGACACUGUGUCCUUCCUGGUGCAGAGCCACAUGUGCCCACUGCUGCGAACCGUUGUCUCCACCCUGGGUCCGCAGUUUGCUGAAAAUAUCAUCAAAAACGGUCAGCAGGUAGCCGACGUGCCAGUCAAUGCGUGAAGAGGGCAGAUGAGGAAGACUGCUGUGAUGCCCCCAACUGGAUCUUCCCCUGGGAAGAUGCUGCCACCAUCCAACUGGACUGAACGCCUGAGACCAGAAGAAACCCUCUCAGCCACUCCUUGCCUUCACAGUUGAGACAGCAGUCUAUGCUUAUCACCCGCCCCCUCCCCCC